AUGUUGAACCUGGUCACAGAGUCCAAAUUCCGGCGGCAUUUUUCAUACAGGAAUCUGCCACCGGCUACAUCAUCCCUAUCCAGCCUUGGUGUUGCCUACAGCUGGUAUCUUGCAUGCCGCGCUAUGCACAAGGCCUGUCGUCGGCUUCAAAGGGGUUCGAAUUGGUAUCCUACAAGACUCCUUGACGUUGGAGUGCCAGGAGAUCUGAAAUGGAAGCUCCACAUAUGUGCUGAGGACGACCUGUUCUCUCCAAAUUAUAUGACUAUAAGCUACCGUUGGGGAAGCCUUCCGAGCCUAACGCUUGUGCAGUCGAACAUCAACGAAUUAAGAAGAGGGAAAUUGACAGAAGAGCUACCCCAAACGUUCCGUGAUGCCAUUAUCGUGUUACAUCGAUUUUCAAUACGAUACCUCUGGAUUGACAGUCUCUGCAUCAUACAAGAUUCGCUAGAAGAUUGGGAAAAGGAGUCUUCAAUGAUGCGUGACGUCUAUGCAAACUCUUGCUGUAACAUCUCUGCCACAGCUUCUUCAGAGCCCUUGGGUGGUCUCUUCCGGAACCAUCAGAAGGGCCCUAUACAGCCUGGAGUAGUAGCCAUGAAUAUUGGUCCUGUUCAAAAGAAAUACUACAUCCUCGAUAGCUCAUACUGGGACCGUCAAGUGUUAAACACGGUUCUCAAUCAACGAGGUUGGGUAUUUCAAGAAAGACUUUUGGCUCCUAGAGUCCUUCAUUUUGCAAGUCAUCAGAUACUUUUUGAAUGCUUUUCUGAUCAAAAGUGUGAGGCUUUUGUUCAAGGAAUACCAUGGCAAAAUUCUCUUAAAUCAUUCGAGGCGAUCUUUAUCCCAACCCCGCAGGAACAAAACAUCAUGUCCGAUGCAGCGUUCGACUUGUGGAUCAAUCUGGUCGAAUUGUACACUAGGUGCGACUUGACAAAACCUGACGACAGGUUGGCUGCAUUUUCCGGACUGGCACAUCUGUUUCAGGAUACUAACGGUGAUGACUAUCUCAGUGGCAUAUGGAGAUCACGACUCUUGGAGUCUUUAUAUUGGGAAGCUGAACGACCCAUGAGAAGGGCUCUAGGCGUUUAUAUCGCCCCGUCGUGGUCCUGGGCCUGUGGGAAUGGCCCUAUAAAGUGGAACCGGCCUCAACGAGGGUAUACGCGAUUGAGCUCGGUGCUUGAUGCUCGCACUCAAAACGCCUCGUCUGAUUGCACUGGCCGAGUGGUGGGUGGUUCCAUUAGGGUACGAGGGCUCUUGUUGCGGGCGACUUGUGAAGACUCUGUCACUCGAGGACGGCCAUGCGUGCUAGCGUUAAAGUCAAAGCCUACUCUUACCAAUAACAGGGCAACCUUUACAAACGAGACAGAGCCACCGCUCCCGGCUUUAGUGCAUUUCAGCAACGACUCGCCAUACGUCAUAUCAACUUUGAAUGAAGACUUCGAGGACACCAAUUAUGGUGGUGACGAGGACAUUUAUUGUCUAGUAUUGCACGCUCAAUCGGUGAUCUGGGAGGAAUCCUUUUCCGACACGUUCCUAGAGGGAGUGAUCCUCAAGCCUGUUUCGCCGUCCUCCUCCGAGAGCUUUGUCCGGACAGGAACCUUCCGGAUCCGCGGACGAGAAUGUGCAGAGAAGUCUGGUGUUCGCAUCAAUAUAAAAGAUGGCUCAGCUUGCUUGAGUGAAACAAGUCAGCUGACAGAGAUCACGAUUGUCUAA